AUGUCGCACCACUGUCCAACAAUCACCGACAUCUGGUGGAAAGGAGCAGACGAACAUCCCAUUCACGCAUGGGUAAUCAAGCCAUCAAACUUCGACCCGAAGAAGAAAUAUCCUCUCUGCUACCUCAUACACGGCGGACCCCAGGGUGCAUGGAACAACCAAUGGAACACGCGCUGGAAUCCUGCAGUCUUCGCAGAGCAAGGUUACGUUGUUGUCGCACCCAAUCCCACAGGCAGCACCGGGUACGGCCAGGCAUUUACAGAUGCCAUCCAGAACCAGUGGGGCGGUAAACCCUACGAAGACAUCGUACGCGGCUUCGACUACAUCGAACAGGAGCUCGACUUCGUCGACACUACCCGUGCCGUUGCCUUGGGUGCCUCCUACGGCGGCUUCAUGGUGAAUUGGAUCCAAGGCCACGAGCUAGGCCGCCGUUUCAAAGCCCUAGUCACGCAUGACGGGAUAUUUAGCACGAAAUUCUCCCUCGCAGCGGAAGAGCUCUACUUUCCCAUCCGCGAUCUAAAGGGCGUAUACUGGCAGGCGUCUGAGAACUGGGAUCGCUGGGACCCUUCGCUGUUCCUCCACAAGUGGCAAACUCCGCAUCUGAUUAUUCAUAACGAGCUGGAUUACCGCCUCACGAUCGCGGAGGGGUUGGCUGCAUUUAACGUGUUGCAGAUGCGAGGCGUGCCUAGUGCGUUUUUGAUGUUUCCUGAUGAGAACCAUUGGGUAGUCAAGCCGGAGAAUUCACUUGUCUGGCAUCGGACGGUUCUUAAUUGGAUUAACAAACAUGUUGGGUUGCCGCUGUUGUUAGAUAAGGAUGGGUCCGAUGGAUUUGAGGAGAAGAUUGUGGGUGAUUUAACGAAGUUGGCGGUGACGGAGUAG